AAUUGCUAUGAAUAAAGAACCAAAAUAAGCUUUUUGCGAUCCAUUUUUCCUGAAUCUCCCUACAAGAAAGGCAUACGACAGAUCUACGACAACAGUACAUUGUACAGAAAACGAAUGAUUUUCACACUGUCUGCUCCACUAUUUAUACAGUUUUCAGCACUGACAAGUUCCUUUUUUCUUUUCAAACCGAAGAUGAAUGGAAAGAGCCAUUUUUUGGUGACUUUCAUAAUGUUUGGAUCGCUGGCGUCGUAUGCCACUGCAAGGGCACUGAGGAAGGCAUCGCAGGAAGUCCUCCAUCCAUAUUACCCUACCGCAAGAAGCACAGACGCGUAUGCUAGAUUCGUGCAUAGCUGUCUCUUUGACGACGAGRGUUCAAACAAGACAGAUCCCAAGGCUGAUGAUACUGAUAGAAAAACAGUCACGAUGAAAGCCAAUCGAAAUGCAUAUGCUUUUGACAUCAACACUUGUCUCUUCAAUGGCUGGAGACCAGGUGUACUCAGUAGUAGUGUACAAUGUAAUGGUGGGACUGAGCUAUGUUAUAGUGUAAGCCCACCAACAGCUCAAUUUGCUGUCUGUUACGAUACGAUCAAGCUGAUUCCAAUCUUUACUGGYCAUGUUUUGAGGUUUUCAGCUCUGUURGGAGGUGGAGCGAGAGCGUCAAAUCCUCCGUGGAAAGAAAACCAGAAUACCAAAGGAGGUAUUGUAUAUGGUAGCACAGCGGUGAAGCUAAAAGGCAGAGUUACAGCACCAAAGUAUUACUGGAAAGCCGUGUGUGAUCCUGCAGCAAGGGGGUCGAUUUUGUUCGUCGCAGAAAACAAUGUCAAUGUCAUGACCACGACCCGCAUCACAGGGUGUAACGGCAUUUCUCAAACAUCCGAGAAUGGCGUGGUUCASUGUUAUGCACUGGAUGCAGCGAAAUCAAAUCCAGACUUCCAGGAUUUUCAGCUUCCUCCCUUAGAUAAAAAGAAUUGUAACCCUGCUAACAGAGGUACUUUCAUGGAUCAUAUUAUUCGUUCAUUUCUGAAUAAAUGAUAAUACUAAUAAA